AUGGCUUCCCGUUAUCUGACCAAGGAGGAACAGGAUAUGGAGGACGAGCUCGUCAAGACCAUCCACGAGAGAGUUAGCGAAGGCCUCCACAUGUUGGUUAGUUCAUUUUCUCUCCCGAAUUUUGUCUAUCAUCUCCGUCCAGGCCGAGUCACACUCCCGGUUUGUGUACACCGGUGGUUGAUGGUACAUGGAAGAAUGGCUUCCAUUUAUGAACUCGCUUUUUUCGAAUCUUCGCUCUAACUGGCUGCGCGUCACACCCGCGCCAGCACGCAAACUGCCCUCCUACGUAACUCUCGAUGUUGUGCGUGUGUACCAAACGUUCAUUAUUCAGAACGACCUUAUGGCGGUUCUGAGCGUGGUGACAGAGAUGAAGAGUACCAUUCUUGAGAAAAACGCAAAACUGACAGCGCAAAUUGAAAAACGUGACGUUCAAAAAUCGAUGCAUUUUGGCUCUAUUGACAUUGAGUACUUCCGCAGAAUCGGAGAGAUCAUUCAGAUUAUAGUUAGCAAAACCGUAGUCCCUCAUCCAAGUCCCAAAUUCAGUCUCUAUGCAACCAGGUUCAGCGUAAAGUCUCACCCACUUAUGUGGAGGACUCGUCUGUGCGCCGGAGAAUUCAACGAUUUUAUCUCGUUCUUGGUCGUCGUCGCCGAGUCGGAAAAUACUCUCUUGUAUUACCUUUAUAUUUUCAGAUCGAAACAUUUUCUUUUUUAGGAGGACAUCAUGACUCUAAUGCCGGAAGUUGCCAACGAACAUGUCAAAGUGAUCACUCAUCUUCGCGUUCUCAAGUUCUGUUUCGAGCAGGAAUCGGCGGACCUGGUCAGGAAGUGACGAAGUGAAUGAACUUGCUAAAUCUAUGCUUUCAGCCAAAAAUUGACCUGCUCGAACCGGAGUUCGACGGCAUCAAGAAGUGCGACGAGAUCAUCAUUAUGUCGCAGUUUUUGGUCAAACGCGGUUACUCCCGCAACUGGCAGAAGGCUGUGACUGUGCAAAUGGAAGAGUUUCGUGCGGUCCUUUCGAGCACCUCUCCGGGCAAUCAGGUACAGUAGAAUGCACGUGUCGUGUUAGCAGCGAACGACUUCUUUAGCUUCUCGAAAUCACGUCAAUCAUCCAUAAUCUGUACUAUCGUCUUUGUCGCGCCUUCGAAAUGUACAAGAAUAAGAUGGACCGCGACGAGACGUUCUUGUCCGGAGAGCGUCGUCAUUUCCAUUUCCAGUAG